AGUAGGUUGUCUUGGGUCGCUGAUCAUCACUCAGAGCAGUGAAGGGAAAGUGGGGUGGACGGUGAUGUAACCCCUGGCUUACCCCUCGGGCAACCAUUUCCCCCUAACCAUUUGUCGAAACAUACAUUGAGUGAACUGUGCUUGUUCAUAUAGUGAACCGUGUUACGUGUGGUGACAGCAUAUUGCAUGCAUUGUUCCCCAUUUUUCUGUUGACGUAAUUACAUUGUUAAUUCAACUCGGACACAUCCUUCAAAGGAAAGUUAUUCAACACUCACUGGAGCGUAACAGCAAGCAGUCAUUUGAUGAUCUGAUGGCUGUCUCGCCCGAACGAUCUGUAAUCUCCUUGCUGCAGUCGAUUCUAUCAGCCUCGUCUACCCGUGUGUCGGUGUGAGGCCUGCUUGGCUUCAGAGAGGCGGUGUCUUUCUCAGUUGAUAGUAGAUAGCGAUGGUUAUACAUGUGAGCGAAACAAUUCCCAUGGAUCUUUGAGCAGAAGGAGAUAUACUCUAGAGUGCCCUGGCGAAUGAACGGACUUAAGGAUACCUUACUCAACCAAGGACCCGGUGGAUAUAAUAUAUUCGUGUUAUACAGAAAGGACCACCCCACUCAUCUGAUAAUAUUUAUUGAAUAAAUACACUGCCGAGCAAAAGUUGUCUGUUCUGCCACCCGAUGUUCUGCUGAUCAUGGACGCCCUCAACCUCCUCUUCAUUGUGCUAUGUAUUCCACUUGUCUGCUCCCAGAACCUUUUCGACUGCCCGCUUGGAUGGGAGGAGUUUGAACAGCGGUGCUAUCACUUUGUGUUUUAUCCCACCCGUGUAUACGGAGAGGCCACCCAGGCCUGCGAGGUGGACGGGGCGUUCCUGUUGAGCGUUAAUUCCAAACAGGAACACGAGUUUGUGUCGUCGUGGUUGACUCGCUAUGACAUCAACAGGAACAACAGGUGGUGGACGAGCGGGAUAGGGGCCAAUGAAGACCUGCGCUGGGAGGGGGACGGGACCUCGCUGUUACAGGCGGAGGAGUACUGGAUUGAGCCCGGGGACAGGGACCUUGCCAACAAGCACGUGGUCUACAAGUACUCCACCCCUGGGACGAGAUUUGCGUGGGGUCGGGAGUCGGCGGACGUCAGCCUCCCCUUCAUCUGUGAGAUCAGCCUGAAUGAGGCGUACAGGAUCAUCCAGGCGGCCAGGGACCACAGUUAUGGAACGACGGCCACCGACCUUAACGACAUUGUGAAGGGUCCCAAGUUCUCUAUCACCCCGAGUGACCUGGUAGUUGUGGGCACGACUUUGGAUGCAUUUAUCGAGUGUGCGGCCUCGGGACACCCCCUCCCCACCUACCGAUGGAUGAAGAAAGAUACUGAAGGUGCAUGGCGGCAGGUGACGUCACAGACAAGUUCACGCUACACCCUGACCAAUGGGAAGUUGACCUUUGUCAACCCAAGCGCUACACAAGACGUGGGGGACUUCCAAUGUGCUGCCGAGAACGAGAAGGGCAUAAUUUUGAGUGACCCCAUCCAGGUUUCCUUUGGGUACCUAUAUGAGUUCUCUAAUGACCCCCCGGGAGCGGUGCGAGCCCCUCUCUACCAGGGCACUGUCGUCAGCUGUAACCCCCCGAACUUCAAUCCAGUUCUCCGCUACCAGUGGUUCAAGGACAGCGCAGCCCAUUUUGUACGGCCCAACCUCAAUCAAUACAUGUUCAUCUCCAACAACGGGAAGUUGUAUUUCUCGGAGACCCAGCAGUCUGACGCCGGAGCCUAUCACUGUGUGGUCACACUCACCGCCCCGCUCGGACAGACAGUCGCCACCACCCAGCCCCCCAGCCGGACCAGCCUCGGCAUCCAGCUCAUUGUCGUAGGAGAGACUGCCAACGACUUCGGCCCCACCAUCCACAACGACUUCCCCGCCGUGUUCCCCAGCCCGCCCAUCCGUGGCGAGGACAUCAGAUUAGAGUGUCUAGCAUACGGACGCCUCCCCUUGUACUACUCCUGGACGCGAGAUGAUGCUCCGAUGGCUGGCAAUGUGCGGUAUAGUGACCUCAACCGCGUCAUGGUCAUCCCUAACGCCGCCGUUGAGGACAGCGGCAACUACACCUGCCACGUGAAGAGAGGAUCUUCCUCCUCGGAUUCCAAGAGCUUCUACCUCAACAUAGAAGCAAAACCAUACUUCAUCUUCCCGUUGAGAGACCAACACCUUGAUAUUGGCAGUCAACUCACAUGGAGAUGCGAGGUCAUAGGUCGCCCACGUGCUCAGUAUUCGUGGUACAAGAAUGGCCAACUGAUCACGUCUGUACCAGGGGACGUGGAAGUCAACAAGAACGUGCUCGUGAUCACAUCUGCUCAACCCUCGAAACACAAUGGAAUGUACCAGUGUGCUGCAGAAAAUCUGCAUGGUUCCACAUACAGUAGCGCUGAGCUGCGAGUUCUAGAGUUUGCGCCAACGUUUGCCAAGCACCCUGUCGAUCCGUCUCAGCUGGCCACAGUUGGAGGAAAUGCAACCGUCAUCUGUCAACCAGAAGCCGCGCCCAAACCGGAAAUAACAUGGAAGAAAGACGGACGUAGUUUAGGGUUAUCUACCGGCGUGGCGGGACAUCUCCAGCUGUUGGCCAAUGGUAACCUGUUGAUUACAGAUGUCACAGGCUCAGAUGCCGGACAUUACGAAUGUACAGCUACCAACGACAAAGGAAGUGCCUCCAGUGGUGGGAAACUGGAAGUUGUAGAGCGGACGACCCUGUCCAUCAGUCCGAGCGGCACCCGGGUCGUUCAGAACAACACAGCUUUCCUCUUCUGCCAAGCGUCCUUUAACCGUCGAGCACACGACCUCGUGUACAUCUGGUACUUCAACAACGUCAUGAUCGACACCGAUAAGGAUCCUCACUUUUCUAUGGGUAGGCGAGAAAUGGGCCCUGGGAUUUACAUCAAGAACGCCCAGUUUAAACAUCACGGGGUGUACACUUGUAACGCUCAAACUGUGCAGGACAAAGCAUCCUUGUCAGCAGUGCUCACUGUUUUAGGGCCGCCGGGAGAACCAGCUGGAGUAUUUGCAGAGAUAACAGGAAGAUUAGCAACUGUCACAUGGACAAUCGGGACAACUCACGGCAUGCCUGUGACGUCAUUUGCUGUCCAGUUUCGUACAGAUUACCGGCCGGAAUGGAGGGUCAUUCUAGAUGGUAUUCCAAACGAAGUAGCAGUAGACAGCACUUAUCCAGACAGGCGCUUUGCACAACUCGGCAGCCUCAGACCCGGGUCAUCCUACAACUUCCGGGUCAUAGCCAGCAACAUGUAUGGAAGUGGGAUUCCUAGUGUGCAUUCAUCAACGUACAAGAUCCCAAACGCAGCUCCAGUCGUGGCCCCACAAGACGUUGGAGGUGGAGGAGGCACAGUGGGGGCGCUCAAGGUCACGUGGGAGCCUCUGCAUUUGGAAGACUUCAACGGAGAUGAUCUGGGCUACAUGAUUUACUUCCGGAAACAGACGGACAGUGGCGGACUUUGGCAGAAGGGCUCGGUGGAAGGUCAUCUGGGGGAGUGGGUGACGACGGUCGGCGGUGAAAACUACUACUUGGAGUAUGAGGUGAUGGUGGCAGCCUUCAACAGUCUCGGGCAGGGUCCUAACUCCACCAUCAACAUCGUGUUGUCGGCAGAGGACAUGCCGACAGCGACACCGACCAAUCUGAACGGCGACUCUUACAACGGUACAGCCAUCAUGGUGACGUGGGACCCUGUGCCCGAUACACGGCAAGCGAUGAAGGGCAGAGUGCAGGGGUACCAGAUCAACUACUACCUGGAGGGCGAGGAGGAUCCAAUUCUCAACUCCAUCUCCCACUACGGCCAGUUGGACGGCGGACUGGUCAUCGGCCUGCAGCCAGACGGAGACUACUGGGUCAACGUCCAGGUAUUCAAUACCGCCGGACUCGGACCUCGGGGAGAGGAGUACCGCAUCAGUACCUUCACUUCAGCUCCACUGCUUUUCCCGAGAUACGUUGAGAUCCACUCGCACUCCUCAGACAGUGUGUACGUAGCCUGGCAGGGCGUCAGCACUGGCCUGGCGGAAGAGACGCUGCUAGGAUAUAAGAUGCGAUAUUGGGAGGCCUCGGAGAACAUACUAACGGCCAAGGACGCUGAAACUCUCGGGAAAGAGACACACGGCAUCAUUAGAGGGGUCAAGAAAGGGAUAAUCUACAGACUGCGUGUGUUGGCGUACAACUGGGGAGGAGACGGCAAGAAAAGUCCACCAGUUUUCUUCACCUUAGAGGGCCAGGUGAGGUACGACCCAACGACAAGCAUCAUCAAGGCAUCCGGUAGCCGUGUGUUGCCUUCUAUAGCAUGUCUUGUGCUCUCGGCUGUGUCCUUAAUCAAUUGGAAUUAGACAUCUGGAUCACACAGCCCAUGAAGGGAAUACAACGGCGGGACAAGAACACAUACGGAACAGUGUGUGCGUGUCUUCAGAGGGUGCCAGUGUUGAGUGCGUUUACAAGAUGCAUCAGAAGCAGAGGUGUCUCGUUUGUGCUUCCAUAGGUGAUUACCGUAAUACAGGAAGGCGGUUAGAACAUUAUACAGUGUCUAACAAAAUGCCCAUCAACUGAAAACACGUUGCAACGCUAUUGCCUGUAUGUGCACACCGGAAGUGGUAAAAUAAGUACAUUGUGAUAUUCAGGCAGUGCUACCAGCGAUGGCAAGUGGGAGCUGGAAAAGCUGGAUAGUGACCCUUCUGACUGCUGUAACAGCGCGCAUGGUUAAUGUGUUCGCUGACCUUCGCGCUUCAGGCUUGUCCUGCCUGUGUAAUAUACUACCCAACAUUUGCUAAGUUCCACGAUAGCCUUUAGUCAAAGGUGUGGCCCUUAGCAAAUGUUGAGUGGUGUAGAUCAGUUUUACAGUCGCAAUGCACGUUACAGCUGACUAACCAUACUUGACGAUGUGUUGUACCAAUAUCAAUAACUCAUACUGUCAAGCUUACAGACAGAUCUAACAACGCAUUAAUACAUUGUAUAUUCAGGCGGAAUUUAUUUUCUCAUAGUGUAUAUUUUCAUAAUUGUAUGGUUGUGUGAAUGUAGGUUGUUUUAAUAGCAGACCAUGUCAUAAUAGCCUGGAUUCGCUUUUACUUAUAUCUUUUAUUUUUAAUGCCCUUAUGUAUAAUGUUUGCAGUAGUCCCGUGGGUUAUGUGAUAAUGACUGUAGUGGAGAGGGCAUCUCCACGGGGCACAUGUGAUGUAGACUGUAAAUAUCGGCGCGUGAUGCUGUAUGACACAGCUACUCGACGGGAUCCACUCAGGUGGAGAGUUCCGAUUGGGCGGAGAGUCGAGCGUUUUAUAAAUAAAACAAUUUGGAAUCAU